CACCGCGCGCGUCGGCCGUCAGCUGGAUCGGCGGAUGUUUACUUGCCCUGUUUGUUACUCCAGGGAUCCACAUGCUGUCACUCCACUCACUCGCAUACCUUGUUUAUCAGUAUAAAUAUUCGGCUGCCCUGUCCCUGGGUUGUAGCUAUAGCACCCUCUGUUCUUUUUUCUUCUGCUUCUUCUUCUCUUCUCUCAUUUCCUUUCUCUUUCUUCCCCACCUCUCCUACCGCCUACUCCCCACCUACCUCUCUGCCUCCUUGCCCCUCUCUCUCCCCCCCUGAUCCUGAUUGAUUUCCCCAAUUGAGGCCAGGGGGCACCUGCACCGCAGCCAAGAUCGUAUCUGGUCUUGCCCGGAUCCAGCGCCGACAAAUUUGCCUCUUCUUGCAGCGGCAGCGGCAGAAGCAUCCACACGCCGGUCAAGGAGAGAUUUCUGAGGGAAGGGGAGAUAGUUUUUCUUCCUCUUUGUUGCCGAGAGUGCAGAGAGUCGUUUGGUUCUGAUUCUCUUGGUGUGCGGCGCGCGCGGGGUGGUGCAUAUACGUACCAUGAGAAGAUGAUGCGCGCCAAGGCCAAAGGUACAUUCUUGGACGCCAUGAAGGAGAGCUCUCCUCCUCCUCCCCUGGCCUCGUCGGCGGCGGCGGCGGCGAAGGAGGCCGUGAAGGAGGACGAGUGGGAGGUGCGGCCGGGCGGCAUGCUGGUGCAGAAGCGGAGCCCGGACUCUGACGCCCCCGCCGCGCCCGUCCCCACCAUCCGCAUCAAGGUCAAGUUCAACGGCGUCUACCACGAGAUCUACAUCAACUCCCAGGCCUCCUUCGGCGAGCUGAAGAAGAUGAUGUCGACCAAGACGGGGCUGCACCCCGAGGACCAGAAGGUGGUUUACAAGGACAAGGAGAGGGACUCCAAGGCGUUCCUGGACAUGUCCGGCGUCAAGGACCGCUCCAAGAUGGUGCUCCUCGAGGACCCGGCCGCGCAGGCCAAGCGCCUCCUCGAGCAGCGCCGCACCGAAAAGGCCGAGCGCGCCGCCAAGUCCAUCUCCCGCAUCAGCCUCGACGUCGACAAGCUCGCAACCAAGGUGUCGGCGCUGCAGAGCAUCGUGGGCAAGGGCGGGAAGGUGGCGGAGGCCGAUGUGGUGGCCCUCACCGAGGCGCUGAUGACCGAGCUGGUCAAGCUGGACGCCAUCGCCGCCGACGGCGAUGUCAAGGCACAGCGGCGAAUGCAGGAGAAGCGGGUGCAGAAGUACGUGGAGACGCUGGACGCCAUCCGCGCCAAGAACAACACCGCGGCGGCGGCGCCCAAAGCCAACGGCAACGGCAACGCCAAGGACCGGGCGCUGCACCUCCCGCCGCGGCCGCCGCCCGUGUCGCAGCGGCGGCAGUUCAAGCAGCAGCAGCCUGCGCCGGCCAACGGCAAGGCACCCACGGCGAACUGGGAGUCGUUCGACCUGCUGUCGUCAAUGCCGUCGACGUCCUCGGCCACGGCGACAACCACCAUGCCAUCCGCGACCACCGCCGCCGCGUCGCCCAUCCCGCGGUUCGACUGGGAGCUCUUCUAGACAGCAGGCUCAGCUCAGCUCCGUGAUGGUACACACCAGCUACCUCCCAUCGAUCGAUCUCCUCCGGUCGUUAGUGCCAUUGUUUCCUUCUUCUGUUUAUUCUUUCCUUUUUUUUUUCCUUCCCUCUUAUUUUCUCCGGAUCGAGUGUAUAUCGACAGAAGAUGAAUUGGCGGAUCGAGCGUGUUCAUCCAUUCAGUCAGUUCAGUUCGCCCGUCGUGCGUGCGGGGUCAUAGCAAAUAAGUGUGGUGAAGAGUUUUUCCGUGGCAAUAUAUAUAAAAAAAAAUAGCAUGUAUAUGUGAUUCAUACAUUAAUCGAUUUCUCUAUGAUUGAUUGCUUGA